CAAGUGUGCAAAUAUCAUGUAAUGGCACCAGUAGAAAUGCUCGGAAAUGAGGGAUAUAAUCUAGUUCUUGACUAUCAAUCGAUAAUGAGAAGGAGGUUUAGAUUGAGCUGGACAGCCAGUAACUGCACUGAGUGUGCAGAAAGCAGAGGACGUUGCGGAUUUGAUAUACCAAAUUAUGAAUUCUUUUGUUUCUGUACUGACAGGCCUCAUAUUGCAAGUUGCAAACCCACCAAGAAGGGCAAUGCCAAAGUGACAUCGAAAACAGCUUCUUUUGCUCCAGAGGUAUUGCAUACAAGAUGCUUGUCGGUUGCCUGUGUAUGUCUGAUUUCAAUUCUGGAAAGGAUUCAGAUGUGUGUUGGUUGGUUCCUUCAAUAUAAAUGGGAAGUGCAUUGUGUUAAGUUUUAUUGUGACGAAUUAAUCUAUCAUUACUGUGUUCUUGCAGCAGCAAAAACAAAUUUGGGACUGAUUCUAGGCACAGUUUUCUCUUGUGGGAAACCAAGAUAUAUAGGGCAGCGUGAUGGACUAGGCUCUUGCUAUGCGCAGGUCUUGAAAAGGGUCGGACCAUAUUAGGUUAGUUGUCCGCAACCUUACCUUGUAUUUUGAAAUAAAGAUAAGCGGCUAGUGAUCGUCUCACUGCAUGUGUGUAUGACCAUGUUGCAACGUUACAACGCUCAAAUGGAAUGGAAUGCUCAUACUUUGA